AUGGUUUUGGUUCAACAGACGUGCGUUUCACCUUCACUGCCGCCGACAGGGACAAACCCAAAGUUCGUAGAAAUCACGCAAAUUGAAAUUCCUCCAGGGUGCCCUACACCGCCGCUGACACUCCUUCAGAAUGCCUUUUUUCCCUCCCGACGCGCCGCCUCCUGUGCGAAGGAAGGGGGAGAAAGAGUCGAGAGGGACCAGCACGAAAGCAGAGAAGAACGAAAGGCUUCUGUCCGUGUCGGCGGGGACAGUGGCCCUGAGGGCAUUGCUACGCCCAGUGAAAGACAGCCAACCCUCCCCUGCGAAGGUUCGCGUCAGAAACACAAUUCAUGCCCCGAAACAUCGGACAAAACUCUCCGAACGCAUUCGUGUGCUGCUUCGUCUUUUUCCUUUUCUGCUUCGUCUCGUUGGAGACGAGAGAACCCGAAGUGUUCCUCUUCGCCGCGCUGUAAGAGAGACGCUCGUUCCUCUUUGCCUGCCUCUCGCACAGGGCGAGAAGCUGCGAGGCCUAGACUUCAGGCGAGCGCGAAGAAGACAGAAUCCGGGAGAGUCGGAGACCGACAGGGAAGGGGAUCGUGUGGCUAUGUCGAGGAAAUAAUUGAGAUUUUUUGUGAAGAGGGACCGCGCUGGGGACGGUGUCAAGACCUUCGGCAUGUUCAUGAACCUCCCGAAGCGCAGGGCUUUCCAGUGUCUUGCCAAGCAAUCGAGCAGGAGAACGAAGAAGACGAAAUGAGAGAAAGACAGGCAACCUGCGGUGUGACGCACUCUCCGGGUCUUGCACACCUGACACAAAGCGGUCAAAGACAGUCGGCGCCUAGCCACACGCCCACGCUUCACACAAGCAAUGGAAACGAAGCAUACUUGAGCGUCUCUGCUGGCACCAAUCAUGAGGAGGGAAGGCCUUUUGUAGGAGACACUGGAGAUCCUGCGCCGAGACUGGGGGCGACAGAAUUGCGCUUGCUGCGAAACAGCUGUGAGAUGUCUCGAUCUUCUUCAUUCUCUGCGUUGCCACCGUGCAUUCGUGCACCCCCUUCUUUCGCAGUCAAGCGCGAGAAUUCCUAUCGAGCCUCUCCUCUGCCUCCCAACUGCCGGCCGCCGUCCCUUUCUGCUCCACACGGUCUCGCUGGGUCUUCCUUUCCACCUCAAAACGCUUUCUCGUCUUCCGCGUUCCCUUCCCUUCGCCUCCGUGGCGGUUUGUCUCUGUCUCCUUUCUCUCCUUCUCACGCUACUUCUUCCCCGCCGCGUCCAUCUCGUGGUGUUUGGCUUUCGCGUUGUCCCUCCCAGGAUGUGUUGCUCCCUGGAUCCGAUUCCAGUCGCGAUCCUUCGCUGCCGCCUGGCUCUCCUUCACAGCCUCCGCGGCUACCCACACUCCCUCCUUCCGAGAACCUGCCGUCUUCGGCAGAUCGUCCACCCGCAAACUCUUCCGCGUCGUGUCAUUUUAAACCGUAUCAAAUGCCUUCUCCUCCUCGUCAAAAACCUCAUGCCUCUUUUCCGUCUCCACCUCGUGACUCUCCGUCUUUUUCUUCCUCGCCUUCGUUUCCCGCCCGGACCUCUUCGUCUUCGUGCCAAAGGUCGAACUGCGGUUCAAGCGAGUUCUCUUCCCUCCCAUACCGCGGCCGUCUCUCUCCGUCUCUUCUUUCGUCCACGCUUUUUUCGAAUGGCUCUCUUGCGCCACACAUCCCAGCACGUUUUGAAAGCAGUUCGCUGCCGUCAGACACCCCUGGCCCUCGCCUGAACAAACCUUCCAGGGAAAGAGGCCUACUCUCUUUUCCGCAAUCCUCGUCUUCCCUCCCCACUUCAGCCGCCUCCACUGCCGCUUCGUUGUCUCUUCCUUUUGCUGCCUCUUCUUCUUGUGUCUCUUCUUCGAUCCUUCGUCUGGGCAGUCGCGCCCGGAGCCAGCUUGCGACUUUCUGCUUGUCGCCGACGCCUAGCCAGUCCGCAGUGAGAAGCGAAACCGAGAGGGACGGAUCACACGCAAACGCGGGCGCACCAAGAACGUCACAGAGGGCGGCGGAGACGGAGAGUGAGAGGAAAAACCACAAGGCAGAAGCAGGAAGUGAAACGUUGGGCAGAGAGAGAGAGACAGGCGCACGGGUGCCCCACCGAAAAGACGCAACCAGCUACGAAGCUUCAACAUCUUCUCUCCCCUCCAUUCCAGAUGAACGAGCAGCUGACAGCAAGGACGCCAUCCAAAAAAGCGACAUCCGCGUCGAUCCAAACGCGGAAACAGUUCCUGCGCGUCCUUUUUCGCACUGUAGACGCAUGUGGCCUUUCCGUCAACCUCAGUCCUUUUCUACCUCUCCUGAGUCCUCUUAUUCUUCUGUUUCGCCUUCUUUUUCUUCUUCUUCUCCUCUUUCGCCUUCUGUUUUGUCUUCUGCGUCGGCUUCCAUUUCGUCUUGUCUUCCUGACUCGUCUCCAACCAGUCUGCCGCCCGUCCUUGCAGCACUGCCGUGCAUGCUACGGGAGGCGGCGAGGACGCUGGCGUCCCCAGCGAAACGUUUCGCAGCCUCUGAACACGGACCCAAAGGCGUCUCGCCUUCGCGGAGGCUUUCGCUUCCAAAGGCCCGCGAAACAGCGACACACACAGAAAGGGGAACUCAGGACGGACACGCAACCAAAGCGAAGGACUGCGGGGAGACUCGGACGAAGCCACGUGGUGCUUUCGCACCUCGCCGAGCGGGAAGAGAGCAACUCGACCUUUCGCCCUGCUCCCGUUUCUUCCUACGAACCAGGGAAAGAGAGAGACAGCAGAGAAGCCAAACGGCAGCGAACGGCAAAGGAGAGAACGAGGACGCCAGCGCGACAAGAGACGACGCCCAGGGAACACAGGAUGCCGCCGGCCCAAGAGAAGGGAAGAACAAGGCGAGGCCAGAGAGCGAGGCUACAAGUGAACGGGAAGACAAACGGGAAGCGGCGCUGUCGCCGUGCUCUCUGCUAUUUAUGCGCACCAGAAAAAGGCUCGCGACACAACGAGACGCACAGCCAACGUCUGGGAGAGAAGGCACAGAACUCGCCACAGAGGCGAGAAAAACAGAAACUGUGGAACGGACAUUCAAGCGAACGGCAACCACGUGCAACGCCCCUCAGUCCCCCAUAACCGGAAAGGGCUCUUCUUGGUUGGCCGUCCAACAGCCCAUGUCUUGUCCCUCGUCCUUUGCGGCAUCCUCUUUCUCGGCAUCCUCUGCCUCUUUCUCUUCUGUCUCUUCAUCUUUCUCUUCUGUCUCGUCAUCUUUCUCUUCUGUCUCGUCAUCUUUCUCUUCUGGCCGUUCUUCGUCGUCUUUCUCUUCUUCUGCAUCUUUUUCUUCGCGUUCACUCCCCUCUCGCGUCUUGACGGACCGCUUCUCACCAGGACCAUCCGUUAAAAGAGACUCUGCGGCACCUGCGGCGCAUGCGCAGCCGACACGAGGGAAGUCUAACUCACGUCUUUCUUCUCCCGGUGUUGCAGCGACGUCUUCGUUGUCGUUUCCUCUUCGCACUUCUUCUCCCGCACCUUCUUCUCUGUCUUUGCGCCUGCCGCGUCCCGUGCCUGCUUCGCCAGCUUCUCCGCAUUCUGACCCCCUCGCUCGCACCCAUGUCCGUUUGGCAAAUUUGGUGUCUCAAUUGGAGCAACCUGCGUGCUGUCCUUCGCCAUUGUCCUCGCCCUCCCCGCUCUCGUUUUCGUCUUCCCCGGCGUUUUCUCCCGUCGUUCGAUCCGCCGACGCCAAGAAGGAAAAAGAGCAUCUUCCGAUGUGUCCCCGGCAGACGGCGGAGGCGACUGGCCUACGGACGUCUCCGGGUGGAAGGAAGGAAGAGAGGGACGGGACCGAAGGAAGGACAGCUAGAGAAGAGGAACAAACGAACAGAAGGCUCGAACGCGCCUCUGUGGGGAAGGUCGCGACCGCAGCGGGCGAGGCGAGAGAGAGCAGCCACGAAGACGACUGGGCCAUGGCACAAAGAGAAGUAUCUGGAGAAUCACGUGAGGAACGGAGGAACGAACAAGAGAAAGAAACCUGCCAGGGAGGGUACCGGCGAGGACACGGCCCUGAAGAGGAGAAAGAAGACAGAGAGGAAGAGGGAACCGGGGGAGACCCUCGAGAGAGCGGAGGAGGAGAGGCCAGAGAAGCCAGGAGAGAAAGGGCGGUUCAAAUGGAGACGAGCGAGGAAGGCAGGGAACCGGCGGAAGGCGGAGCCGACGUCGAGGACAAAAAGGCUGGAGGAAUAAAAGGAAGAAGCACAAAAGACGAAAGGGGCGACAAAGAAGGAAGCGGUGCCGUGGCGAGCAAAGAGGAAGGCGACAAAGGGGAAAAGGGAACGGACACCUGUCAAGAACUCUGUGAAGCUUCGGUUGCGUGCAGGGCGGAUGAGGAAGGAGAAAAAAGACCAGCAGCUGGUAAAAUCCGUUUUCGAGAGAGAGGAGAAAGACAAGAGGUGACGACCGUUUUUGGUUCCCAACUGGAGGGGAGGACGCCACUUGGAGUCGGAGCAGCACAACAAGACGCUGGAGGAGAAAGAAAAGAAAAGGACGUGACAAACAAAGGGACGAUGACACUACGAGGCGCAGCAGACGGACAACAGGGGGGAGGAGAAGCGGAAGAACCAGGGAAAGGUCGAGUCGAAUACUUCUGCGUAGAAGAAGCUGAAACUCUGAGAUGUGGGAUUGGUCAAGUUGAGAAGUCUUGGAGACAAAGAGACACCGAACACCUGAAGACUGGAGAAGAUGGCGAAAAGGAAAGAGAGAAAGGGCUUUCCACGGCCGGAUUUAGCGACGACAGAGCCGAGCCGGUGCCUGCCGGGAGCCUGUGCUCGCAGUCGGCGGAAAUGAAGGAAGCUGGUGGUGCGCGAGAAGAGGAAAAGGAGGAACAUCCGCAUGGACCCGGUGCGAGAGACGCAAGCGACACCAGGCAGACACGGGAGAAGGUCACAUUGAACCGAGAAGAAAGAGAUGACGCGAUUCAAAGAGCCUGGCUUGGCCGAGGCUCAAAGGGAGGAGUUCCUCUGCAGGCACUGAGAAGACGAGAAGGAAACCGACAGCACGUGCACAGCGGCAAGACACAGGAAGAAGAGAAAGCAGCGGCAAUGUCACGAGAGCGCAGACUCGGAGAAGCAAAACUUGGAGAAGAAAGAGAAGAACUUCCACAGUCCGACGCAACUCCAGACAAAAGGGCUGCAGCCCGUAGCGACAAAGGCAGCGGAAAUCGAGGAUGGUCAGAACACGAGAGAGAUGCCGCGAGGGGUAGUGUUUCUGCGCCACUUUCGUUCGGAACUCAAACUGAGCCUAAAGAAGACUGGAAAGAGACGUUGGAGGAACUUGAAGCGUAUUUCCUCUCUCUCGGUGACCCUGUCUCUCCUUCCCAUCUUGAAGCCUCUUCACCUGCUUGGAGUCAUUUCCCCCGGUCUCUUUCGUGUGCGCCUCCGACCCACCCUGCGAAUGGAGCCUCUCAGAGACCAGCAUGCAGAAAGGAACACAAAGGAGAACGCAGCCAGAAGAUCGCCCGUCCGGACCAAACCGAGGCUUCACAAACAGAGGCGAAACAGGGCGAAAACUGCGUUCAUGACAGAACAGUUCCUGGGUUGUCAGCAUGUCCCCCGUCGUCUCCUCUACCUUGUGCGACGCUGCUGCACAGCCGUGAAAGCCCGAAGAAGUCGAACUCACGACAUAGUCCCUGCACUGCUUUGCUUCGAGAAGGCGUAGAGCCUUCUUCCACUCCCGUGGGAUCUCCUUCCUCGAGUUCCUCUUCUCGCUCCUGUGCGUUCUCGUCGUUUUCCUCUGGCACCCCUGUCUCUACCUCGUCUCCUGCCUCCUCUGGUUCCUCCUCUGGUUCCCCGGCCUUCUGCUCUCCCUCGGAGCCUCCCGUGGCUUCUCAGCGUAACCGCAAGCGCGGCCUGCCGCCGGUUCCCCCCCGCUCGAGCGAUGGGACGUCGAAGCCGUUCAAGUCCUCACAUGCGUCUCGUCUCCCUCCGCGUUCACUUGAUUCCUUUCACUCUGUUGAGCCUCGCAGACCGUCUUGCCCUUCAGCCCCGUCUUCCCUUUUCUCCGUCUUGUCUUCUUGUUCCUAUCCUCCCUUUCCAGGCUCGUGCUCCUCGUCCUCUUCCUCGCCCUCAGCGGCUGGUCGUCUGCCGCUGGUUCCCCAUCACGUCACCACUCGACGCUGCGUCCAGUCUUCCACCUUUUGCAUCUCUUCUGUCCACCGACGCUCGUCUCCGUCCCCCUCAACAGAACCCCCUCGGCCGAAGACCUGUCCCGUGCCCCAUGGUUCUUUCUUUCCGUCUCCUUGCACGUCCUCAUCUCCUGGGUCCACGCGGCAGGCAUCUUCUCCUUUCUCAAGUGCCGCGUCUCUCUGCCUUCCCCCGCAAGGACCAAGCUCCUCCCACGCCAGUAUCUUGCCCCCUGCUUCUUUCCCUCCUCUUUCCUCGUACCCGCCUCGUUCCAAGCAUACUUCGCACACAAUGGCUUCAACUCCAACUCCUCUGUCCCAGCGCCGUUCCUCGUCCAGAGAUCAGAAUAGAUGUUCAACACCUACGCCUCGUCUACCUCCUGACGCUCUUCUCUCUCCUUCCUCAAUUCGUUCCUCACCUUCCUCCUCGUGUUACGCAUCUUCUUCGAGCUCUUGUUCAUCUGCUUGCUCGGCCUCACCCUCCUCCGCUUCCGUCCCUUUGCUUGCUUCUCACCUUGAGUUUCGAUCUGAUGCUGGGCACUGCAUGCCCACCAGUUGUGAAGUCGCGUCAUCAGGUGUUCCUCAUCCGGCUUUAGAGUCUCCCUCUCCCAUUUCCAGUGACUCUUCUCGUCAUCCUCCGUCUUCUCCCCCUCUUGCAUCUGCUGACUCCGCUUCCUCGUGUUCCUCCCCUGAUUCCUCCUAUUCCUCCUCGUCCCUUGCAUUCUGCUCUAAUUCCUCUUCCUCCUCUUCCGCUUCCUCCUCGUCUCCUGCAAUCUACCCUACUUCCUCUUCCUCGUCUUCCUCUUCCUCGUCUUCCUCUUCCUCGUCUUCCUCUUCCUCCUCUUCCUCCUCGUCUCUUGCAUUCUGCCCUACUUCCGCUUCCUCCUCUUUCUCCUCGUCUCUUGCAAUCUACCCUACUUCCUCUUCCUCCUCUUCCUCCUCGUCUCCUGCAUUCUGCCCUACUUCCGCUUCCUCCUCUUCCUCCUCGUCUCUUGCAUUCUGCCCUACUUCCGCUUCCUCCUCUUUCUCCUCGUCUCUUGCAUUCUGCCCUACUUCCGCUUCCUCCUCUUCCUCCUCGUCUCUUGCAAUCUACCCUACUUCCUCUUCCUCCUCUUCCUCCUCGUCUCCUGCAUUCUGCCCUACUUCCGCUUCCUCCUCUUCCUCCUCGUCUCUUGCAUUCUGCCCUACUUCCGCUUCCUCCUCUUUCUCCUCGUCUCUUGCAAUCUGCCCUACUUCCUCUUCCUCCUCUUCCUCCUCGUCUCCUGCAAUCUGCCCUACUUCCGCUUCCUCCUCUUCCUCCUCGUCUCCUGCAUUCUGCCCUACUUCCGCUUCCUCCUCUUCCUCCUCGUCUCCUGCAUUCUGCCCUACUUCCGCUUCCUCCUCUUUCUCCUCGUCUCUUGCAUUCUGCCCUACUUCCGCUUCCUCCUCUUUCUCCUCGUCUCUUGCAAUCUACCCUACUUCCUCUUCCUCCUCUUCCUCCUCGUCUCCUGCAUUCUGCCCUACUUCCGCUUCCUCCUCUUCCUCCUCGUCUCUUGCAUUCUGCCCUACUUCCGCUUCCUCCUCUUUCUCCUCGUCUCUUGCAAUCUGCCCUACUUCCUCUUCCUCCUCUUCCUCCUCGUCUCCUGCAAUCUGCCCUACUUCCGCUUCCUCCUCUUUCUCCUCGUCUCUUGCAAUCUGCCCUACUUCCGCUUCCUCCUCUUCCUCCUCUUCCUCCUCGUCUCUUGCAAUCUGCCCUACUUCCGCUUCCUCCUCUUCCUCCUCGUCUCUUGCAAUCUGCCCUGCUUCCUCUUCCUCGUCUUCCUCUUCCUCGUCUUCCUCUUCCUCGUCUUCCUCUUCCUCGUCUUCCUCUUCCUCCUUUUCCUCCUCGUCUCCUGCAAUCUGCCCUCCUUCCGCUUCCUCCUCUUCCUCCUCGUCUCUUGCAAUCUGCUCUAAUUCCUCUUCCUCCUCUUCCUCCUCUUCCUCCUCGUCUCUUGCAAUCUGCCCUACUUCCGCUUCCUCCUCUUCCUCCUCGUCUCUUGCAAUCUGCCCUGCUUCCUCUUCCUCGUCUUCCUCUUCCUCGUCUUCCUCUUCCUCCUCUUCCUACUCGUCUCUUGCAAUCUGCUCUAAUUCCUCUUCCUCCUUUUCCUCCUCUUCCUACUCGUCCCUUGCAUUCUGCUCUAAUUCCUCUUCCUCCUCUUCCUCCUCUUCCUCCUCUUCCUCCUCGUCCCUUGCAUUCUGCUCUAAUUCCGCUUCCUCCUCUUUUUCCUCUUCCGUGGCCUCUUGUUCUUCUCUUGCAGUUUCAGCUUUCAUCCUUUCUGCGCCAGGGGUGUCUGGCGAUGCGUCGCCGUCUGUGCAUUCUUGCCCGUCAGGUGCACGUCCCUCUUCUUCUUCUCUGCCUUUCUGUCCUCGACAUCUCCCUUCUUUGCUGCUCGUAGACGCACGGCCUCUCUGCUUCCCCCAGUUCCUCGCUUCAUCUGAGCGGGGACUCUUCCCUUUUCCUCGAUGCUCCAAGUCUCCGCCUUCACCAUACUGCUGUCCCUUUUCCGCUAUAUCUCCUCACCCACAUUCCCUUCUCUCCCCUCAAGUCUCUGCCUCUCCCCAGAGCCAUCGUGCUUGUCAGGGACGCUUGGCCUCUCCCUCUUCUUCUUCCACUCAGGCUGUUCACACGUGCCCUUCUUGUGGUCCUCUUUCUUGUGCUCUUCCUCCGUGUGCGUGUUUUCCCCCUGUCUCCUACUGGUCUUCUUCUACUCAUUGUCGUCCGCGUUCUCCUCUCUGUGCAGGGGCUUCCCCGUGUCUUAGCGGCAACUCUUCUUCUUCCCCCCUCUCGCCCCCUGUUUCGCGUCCUGGAACGAGGCCGCCGGUCUCACCUUCCCUCCCUAACUCUGCUCCUGCCUCGGCUUCUGUCUCACCUGUUACUUCUUCCCUCCCUUCUGGUGCUCACGAGUGCUGUGCAGCUACCCUUUCGCGCCAAUCUUCGUCUUCCUCUCCGUGUUCGUGCUCCCCUCCUCGGUGUCCUCCUUCGGAGCCAUGUUCUCUUUCAUCCCCGUCGCUGCGUUCUCCCAUUCUCUCUUCUUCUCCUUCCCUUUCUCCUCCUUCUUCUCCUCCUCUUUCUCCUCCCUCUUCUUCUCGUCCUUCUUCUCCUUCCCUUUCUCCUCCUUCUUCUCCUCCUCUUUCUCCUCCUUCUCCUUCUCCUCCUUCUUCUAGCUCGCCUUCAUCCUCCCCUCCCCGACAUCCCCCGAGCUUCCCCUCUCUGUCUUGUCGAGCAUCUCCGGUCUCCUCCCCCGCUUCAUCGUACUCGCCACCGCACUGCCCUCAUUCUCCCUCUCCACCCUCUCCCGCAUCUGAUCUCCUCUUUUCGUCUAGUCGUUCUCCCUCGUCUUCCUUUCGCUUGUCUCCUCCCCAGUGUCCGCCUUCGACUUCCGGCGGCUCUUCUCCGUCGGCAGCGCUUUCGGCUUUUCUUUCUUCGUCUCAUCUUCCUCGCAUGCUCUCUGCUCCUGCUGUCUCUCGCUCCGCUCCCUCCUCGUCCCCCACCCCGGCGUGUCCCUGUCCUAUUUCUUCUGCUCCGCACUGCCCUCCUUCUCCACAGGUUGCGGAUUCCCCUCCUUUGUCUCCCCCUUCUCUCGGAUCUUCUUGUUCUCCUCCUUUCUGCCCGGAGGCUUCUGCUUCGGUGUCGCUUCUCUCCUGUCCUCCGCUUCUCUCGCCCGACCCUUCUUCCUCUUUGUCUUCUCCUCCGCAUUGCCCGCCGUCUUCUAGUCGGGACUUUCCCUCCUCUCAAGGGUCCCCCGUCGCUCUUGUUUCUCCGUCUCCACCGCCUUUUCCACAUCCGAUUUUUCCUUCUUCCCGACCGCUGUUCCCCUAUUCUUCUCCGCCUUCUCUGCCGAAGCCACCCAUUCCCUGUCCGCGUCCUUCUCCUCCAUCUCCUCCAUCUUCUUUUCCUCCUUCCUCACUGCUCCACGCUUUCUCUCAAAAGUCGUGUUGUCCUCCGCGCUCGUCGUCUGCUUCUUGCUACUGUCCCCCGCACCUUCCACCUUCUACAGACUCCCCCUUCUCUCUCACUCCUUUCCCUGGAUGUGCGCCUUCGUUUUCUCCUUUCUCCUCUCCGGCCACUUCGUCUUCUCUUCUCGCUGGUCACCCCAGAAGUUCUUGUCUUCCUUCUCCCGUUCCGGCGCCGCGCCCUUCCUCGCUUCUCCCGCACGUUGCAUCUCUGCUGCUCCCUCCGCCGGCGCCUCCUUUGUCCUCGGCAGAGAUGGACGACACGGAACACCCUGUCUCUUGUGUCUCUCCGUCCUGUUUGGUAUCCUGUGGGGCUUCUCGUCCUGCUCGCACGCCUCGGUCUUCUUCCUUGCAAACGUUUCCGCCUCCGCGAUCAGAAAGAUCACAACACGAAGCACACUUAUCUGUUCCGUCCUUGCAUUGCACCCAGCCACGUUCUUCGUCUCCUUGCUCCUGGUCGUUUUCGUCAGCUCCGCUCAUGGGAACUGAAACGUCCAAGAAAGGAUCAGCGAAAGACAGCACAGCGAAGUGGGCUGUCUCGCGACUGAACCUGGCUGAGUCGAGGCCGACGACGCCCCUGUAUGCUGGAAAAGUGUCUCCCCCGGCUAGCGAAGACAGUCAGAGACUACGCGACCUGACAGGACAUGGCGAAGACGCGAAGCGAACAGAAAAGGGAGAAGAGAAAGAAGAGGGAAGCAACGGAAGAGGAAGAGAGGAAGGAGAGAGCGGAGAGGCACACACGGGAAGAGCAAGGGAAGAUGACAGAGGGAAGGGACAGGAAGGCAAAGAACGGCCACCAGGGUUCGAGUCAGGGGGCGAACGAAACGAGGACGACGAAGGAGGCUCCGAGCAACGGAAAAGCCACAAAGAAACGGGAAAGGAACCAGAUAGAAGCGAAGGGCGCAGGAGGCUGGUCCCCGCGACAGCACACGAAGGAGGUCACCUACGCUCUCUCAAGGCAACCGUGGAGAGCUCUCGCGAGGCGUCACCGCCCCCACUUUCGCCUUGCCGUUUCCGGUCUCUCGACCGUGUCUCUUUGGGCUCGACUCUGGAGGCGGCAGUCCUGCAGCAGCUGUGGGAGGAUACCGAAUGGGACUCAACUCCUGUGCACCUGUCUCUUUCUGCUCGUCGACCCGCGCCGGUCGCCGAGCCUUUUCUCUCCAGACGAGCGGAGACAGCCCGCUGUUCAGGCUGCUGUCGUCACAGGUCUCCUGCCCCUCAAGAUGCAGAAGCGACGGCUGCAGAGGAAGGAGAGACGGAGAACGGGAAAUGGCCGGAAGCGCAGGAAAAAGGGCGACCGAAAGAAGCAAGGAAAAGAGACGGAAGCGAAACAGUUACUGGCCUUGGCCGGCGCGGCCUCGUUCCAGAAGAACCGGCGAAGGAACCGGCGAGACGGGGAGGGAGAACAGGGAAAGCGCGUUCGGCCAAGUCGGAGGAAAGGGACGGAAAGAGCACGGUGGGAGAAAUAGAAGAACGACAGGAGCGCUUUCUCUCCGCUUUGCUGGCUUAUCUUCAUUCCUGUUUCUUCUCGGGAAACCAGGACUGUCCCGACGAAGAGACAGUCCAGAGGGUUACUGACUUCGUCCGGCGCGUUCUCCUGGGAAAAAAAAAGAGUGAAAAACCGGCGGAGUCCGUUGGGCUGACCGCGCCGCCCUCUACUCCCUCUGCGGCUUCCCUUGGCAGCCGAGGUCGUGCGCGGGGCGAGCAGGCUGCGUGUCCGCACAAGGAGGGACAGAGCGAGAGAAGGGAGACUCCUGCGGGAAAGAACGAGGCAAAAGACAAAGAGGAAGACCGAUGCAGAGAAAGAGGCCCCGGGGAUCGGCAGGAUGAAAACACGGAGACGUCCGACAGACGGAGAGAGCAGAGAACAGAGAAGCGAAAAGAGAGUAGGGCUCAGAGAAACGCAUUGGAAAACAUAAAGAAAACGGGGUGUCCGGAAGCGAGACAAAACGCAGCGGGAGUAGUCGCUUUGAGCCGCAGCUCCUCGGAAUCUUCUCUUCGGUCUUUAGCACUCGUUGUCUUCCGGGACAACUCCUCGAAAGCCACUCUUGCGCCGCCAUCUUUAUCUCCUUUUAGCCAGACGUCUGUGCAUUCUCCGCUGCUCCCGAGUUCCUCUCCGUCGUCGCCGUGCUCGUUCCUUCCCCUUGCUUCUUGUUCGUCGUCGUUGCCGCAGUCGAGAGCCCUCGAACGGAGGGAACAUCAAAAAGCCCCAGCAAAGCGUUCUUCCCCAGACUCGCACUUUCCUCAGAGACUCGAGCGCCCGCUCCCGCCUGCUGAGGGCUCGUCCUCGAGGAGGGGAUGUGGAGGCACUCGGCCUCGUCAGUCUGGGGCAGCGCUGCAGCGUGGAGGCGACAAGCAGAAAAGCUGCUUUUUUCCUGCGCAUUCGCCCUCAACGCUCUGGUCGCCAGGCGAGGCGCUUCUCGCGCGCUUCUUUUCUUCUCCCCCUGUUGCUUGUGUCUCUGUGGACCGUGAGAAGAAGGCGACGGCUGGCAAGGCGCGGUCAGAGAAGACAGUGCGUUCGCACCCAAAGAGGCUGUCGAGUCCCCGCCUAGGCCAGAAGACAGAGAGGCUGCCGAAGUGCGAGUGGAAGUCAAAGAAAGCGGCGGGUCAAGAAGCAUCCGAGCAGGAGAGAAGACGAAGCCUGGACGAGGAAGAUGAGAGAAUCAGGGAAAGAAAGGGACAGGGGGAGAAGCCGGUGGCAGAGGAGAAACGGCGCUGGGUCACGCGAAACGAGAAACGCGAGGAGGGAACAGUUUUCGAGAGACUGUUCAACGCUCACAGGUUUCCCUUCGUUCGCGCCUCCUCGUUCCGAGAAAAAAGGAGACAGGAGAGGAGAGAAGAAGAAAGAAACCGGCGUCUGAAAGAGGCGGCGGAAUGCACGUUUCGCCCCAAUAUUACCCGAUCCCAGCGCACGGUCUCGGGUUUACGUCUGCGACUCUCGGAAGAGGCACCAACUCGUUUCUGUGAAGCGUCGGGGGAGGCGAGGACGAGAGAAGAGAAAGGAGAGCGAGGCGGUACGCGCCGGGAAGAAAGGGACAGCGCCACGGAGUUGGAGGAGUCAGACAGGAGAGAGUGGAGAGAUCUAGGAAGAAGGAGGGGAGAGCAGGAGGGGGGGACGAGACGAAGACCGACCGAAGAGGCCGAGGCCGGCGCGGGAGGCAGAGAGGCUUCCAGCAGCCGUCGUGAGGCGAGAAGAAGAGCCGAGCGCCAGACAGAAGAAAUACAGCCAGCAGGCAGACGAGGCAAACAACACUGGCAACAGAAAGAACCAGAACGGAGAGACGACUGUCCAGGAGAGAGAAGGAAACGAGGACAGGACCGAGAGGAGGAGGAGGAAAGAAAGGAAAGAGCAGAACAGUUCGUGGACACAGAAAGUUUGCGUUGCAUGCACGUUUUUAAAGGCAAGGCAAGACACGGACAGCAGACUGAAGAGGAAGCAGACGAGAGAGGAGCAGGAAGAAGAGGAAGAGAACGGGAGUUCGAGGAAACAUCCUGGCAGUGGUUCCAGGUCAAGGACGAUCGACGAGAUAACGCCGAGAAGAAAAAGCAGGGACGGAAAGAAGAAGAGAAGGUACAGAGUGUCGGAGGAUCAAUGAAGAUGCAGGCGACAGGGAAAAACGAGAGGCAAAGCAAAGGGUUCGACAGCGAGGGGAAAGCCUCCGACACAGCCAGAACCGCGGAAGAGAGGAAGACAACGAGAAAGAGCAAAACACCAGAGUGUGAGGAAGAAGAAAAACAAGUGAGGGAGCGACAGAGAGAAGAAGGUGGAAGGACUGAGGGAAACAGGAGGGGACAGGAAUUCGACGGAUUCCGUCGAUCCUGUGGAGAAGAGGAAAAAGGAGAUCGGGAUGACAAAACGAUAACGAAGCAGACGGCAACAGAGAAAGCAGCGGAGCAAGAGCAGGGGCAACUGGGGGCGGAAGAAACGAACGUGCGAGGAAAGGAGGGCCUCCGUAAGAGACAGGCUGCAGCCGUCCGGAAAAACAAGGAGCGAGAGACAGAUCUUGUUCACCCUCGUUGUCCCUUGUCUCCUCGAGCUUCCUUUUCUCCAGUGUCGCCUUUUUAUCUCUCUGCUCCGGCGCCGUCUGCAGAGGUGGAGGCAUGUGCCCAGGGCGGAGGACAGAAGACGGAGGGCGGUUACUCAAGCAGGGAAGAGAUGCAGAAUCGUUUUUGGGAGCGUAAACGCGGGCGAACCAGCCGACAAGGAAAACCUGCACAGCAGGAGGAAAAUUGGACCCUGGGCAGCCGAAAAAGCUCGGCCGCGCCGCGAAGAGAGAACGGCCACCGGAGAGGAACAAGAGACAGAGGAAAUUCCGACACAUCCCUUUCAGCCCUACAGCGUCGGAAGGAUUCAUCACUCUUCUCUUUGGCCUGCCACAGAGGCGCACGAACAGAUGUUUCUUCUCUUUCUUGCUCUCUGUCUCCGCGCUCCCCGUGGUCUGCUCGUUCGGGCUCUCUUGGCUCGGUAUCUGCCCACCCCUCCGCGCGUUCGUCACGUCUCGCGCCUCGUUCUUCUUCCUCCUGUUCCUCCGGUUUCUGCGACUCAGAUGCUGGCUCUUCUCUCCAUUCUUCUGUCGACAGCCGCGCCUCCUGUCUUCUUGCGCCAAGAGUCCCCUCAGCGAAAGGUUUUUCUGCCCCGCCGCCUCGCUCGCCCUCUUCUUGGGCAACUCGCCGCGGAGACGCUGGCUCUCCUAAAGGCGUUUCGAAGGCCACGGUAAAGCGACGAGAAGAAAGGCGAAAUCCGAGAAGAGUGGAGCGUCUCGUGAAGCCUUCACCAGACAGCUGCGGUGCUGGGUCGUGCGCCCACGUUCCUUCUCACAGGACGAAAGCACACACGCCACAAAGAAUCAGACGAGGGAAGGAAGCAGACGAAGAAGGUCGAAGCAGAGAGUUGCCGCACGCGUCCGUGAAAAGCCGUGUCGGCUGCGGGGCCGUUCCCUCUUUGACUCUUCGAGAAAAAGGAGUGCCAAGAAGCGAAGUGCUGGUGGGACGGAAGACAGAAAGCACAGACAAGGAACAGAGGAAGAAGAGGCUGAACAGUCGAGGAGCGCAGGAUCCGAGCUCCACCAACAGGCGUGUCUCUUCACUCUGUUCUUUUCGCCCUGUGCGAGACGCCACAAACGCCCGUUCACGCGCCUUGAAGAGAGGAGACAAAGAGCAAGAGAGGCGAAGAAUGAGCGACCAGGAACAAGGCAGAAUGUCUGUGCUGCAAAUGAGAGCCACGAGCUGCGACAGUCUCCUCUUUCCGUCCCGCCCGGUUCUAACGAGUGGCUCGGUGGUGAAAACGGCUAGAGAAGCGCACACAGCACAGGCAGACGGUGAUCCGGAACCAGACGGAAGAGGAAGCCCCCGGCAAAGACGGAGAGCGAAGAGUUGCGUCUGGCGACUUUGUGUCUUCCCGCGUUCCGCUGCCUUCCACAAGGAAAGAGAUAGCGGAUCAACUUCGAAGAGGACCAAGAAACAGGAAGGACACCACACAGACGCGAGGGAACCAAUUUCGGGAAGACUGCUCCCACCGGUGGUGCCUGCAAGGAAAACCUGUCUUGGUUUUCCAGGACAACGGGGAACAGACCCAGAAAGAAGAGACUCAGACAGGAUCGAAUCCCGAUAUCUCCCGUCCACACACAGCUACUGUAAAAGGAGCGCAGCCUUUCCCUUCAAGGUGGGCCGUAGUGCCAGGAAUGAUACGGCUCCUUAUGAGCUGCAGCGCACAAGUCCUGUGAUUUCAAUUCCAGUGGGGGGCUGGGUGAAGAAUAAAAAAAGCGGGUGGUCUUUCUUCGGGAACAGUUGUGCCUCUUGUUUCAAGCGGGGAGGGACGAAGCGACAGCCAGCGAUGCAAGAACAGAUUCGCUUUACUUGGUGA